CGCAAGACAAAACAGGGGAAAUCACAAUAAUGGAGAGGCGGCGGAAGAGGUUGGUUUCGCGAGCUCGGACUCUUCAUAUUUGACAUUUACAUUUUCUGUAAAUUGAAUCUAAAUUCUGUUUUAACGGGCUGUGCGCCGAUAUCUCCAGUAGCCUAGCUCACCUAGCUCAAGAAGCACUCCACAGAUGCAGCAAAUGCUACACGUAAACGGGGAUCCACCACUGGCACUAGGCAACGGUUUAUCAAUUCUGGUGGGCUUGAAUUAGAAUACUAAAGGACAUAUUUUGAAGGUAGCAUUGGUUGAGUAGAUUACAAAACCAUUGACCGUUUUACUGUGAAAUAUUGUAUUUUGGACUCUACUUGUUUUUUUCAAAAAGGAAAUGUUAUGUUAUAAAUGAUUAAUUAACAGUAUAUCUAUUCAUGUCUAAUUUCAACAAUGUGUAACCAUGUAGGUUCGCAGGUUGAAUGUACAAUGUUUUGGUAAAUUAAAAUAAAGGCUAGUUAAUAAUAAUAACAACAAUAAUAAUAAUAAUAAAUCAAUGUCUUUGAAAUGGAUUUCUUCUGAAAAGCUACAUUGCUACCAAAUGACAAGCACACAUUUGGGAACUCGUGGAAACAACCAGAGACGAGCAAAAACUGUGAGUGAGUCACUGAAAUAAACUAAAGAAACCUAUAGUGGAAAACAUGUUGCCUUCACAAGAAGCCGCCAAGAUUUACCAUGAAAACUACAUGCGGAACUCCCGUGCCAUCGGAGUACUCUGGGCGAUAUUCACCAUAUGCUUUGCCAUCAUCAACGUGGUGGUCUUCAUUCAGCCCUACUGGAUCGGGGACAGCGUGAGCACGCCGCAGGUGGGUUACUUCGGUUUGUUUCACCAGUGCGUUGGGAGUGGACCGCCCAACCGAGAGCUCGACUGCACGGGCAGCUUUACUGAGUUCAGCUCCAUCCCCUCCGGUGCCUUCAAAGCCGCCUCGUUCUUUGUACUGAUGUCCAUGAUUCUGAUUCUGGGCUGCAUCGCCUGUAUGGCGCUCUUCUUCUUCUGCAACACCGCCAGCGUCUACAAGACCUGUGCCUGGAUGCAGCUCCUAUGUGCUGUAUGCCUGGUGUUGGGCUGUAUAAUCUUUCCGAACGGCUGGGAUGCGGAGGUGGUGCGGGACCUGUGUGGGGAGGAGACGGGGAAGUAUACGCUGGGUAACUGCUCUGUCCGCUGGGCUUAUAUCCUGGCUAUUAUGGGCAUCCUGGACGCCCUGAUCCUGUCCUUCCUGGCCUUCGUUUUGGGGAACAGACAGAACGGCAUUUUCCUGGAGGAACUCAAGGCUGACAACAAUAAAGAUUUCGCUGUGUCCAAGGUUAGUGACUUUAUUGAGGUCCGGGACAGAAGACGCGACCCAAGGUAUGUUGCAGUCCAGAGGUUCCACUGAGGAGCUCCUUGUCUUGGAUGACCCCCCUCUGAGGAGCUCCUUGCCUUGGAUGACCCCCCUCUGAGGAUCUCCUUGCCUUGGAUCACCCCCCUCUGAGGAGCUCCUUGCUUUGGAUGACCCCCCUCUGAGGAGCUCCUUGCCUUGGAUGACCCCCCUCUGAGGAGCUCCUUGCCCUGGAUGACCCCCCUCUGAGGAGCUCCUUGCCUUGGAUGACCCCC